AUGUUAUAUCCUAAAAUCAAAGUAAUAUCUACUCUGUCGAGGAUCUCCCAUCACAGCAUUGCACAAAUCAAAGGAAUCAGGCCUUUCCCUACGGAGGACACAGCCUUGAACGAGGACGAUGUCUACCGGAGCCUCGAAGAGCUGGCAGAUGAGCACGACCUGGGAGAAGAUGACAUCUACGACUGUGUGCCGUGCGAGGACGACGGCGACGACAUCUACGAGGACAUCAUUAAGGUGGAAGUACGACAACCCAUGAAAAUGGGAAUGACGGAAGACGACAAGAGGAAUUGUUGUUUGGUGGAGAUCCAGGAGACCGAGGCCAAGUAUUAUAAAACCCUAGAAGAUAUUGAGAAGAACUACAUGAUCCCGCUGAGACACAUCUUGAGUCCGCAGGACAUGGAGGCGAUCUUCGUUAACCUUGAGGACGUGAUCAAAGUACACUUUGCCCUCCUCCGAGCCAUCGACCUCAACAUGGUCACUGGAGGAAAUGGCCUGGGAAAGAUCUUCCUGGACUUCAAAGAAAGGUUGUUGAUCUAUGGACAGUACUGCAGCCACAUGGAGAACGCCCAGAAAACACUGGAUGAACUAAUAGCAACGCGAGAAGAAGUCAAGAUCAAAGUGGAGGAAUGUACAAUGAAAGUGCAGGAGGGCAAGUUCAAGCUGCAGGAUCUUCUGGUGGUUCCCAUGCAGCGAGUACUCAAGUAUCACCUACUACUGAAGGAACUUCUGAGUCACUCCGCAGACCGACCAGAGAGACAACAACUAAAGGAGGCCCUUGAAGCUAUGCAGGACUUGGCCAUGUACAUCAACGAGGUCAAGCGGGACAACGAGACACUGAAGAAAAUUAGCGAAUUCCAAAGUUCUAUAGAAAAUCUUCAGCAGGUGAAGCUGGUGGAGUACGGGAGGCCAAAGAUAGACGGAGAGCUGAAGGUUUGCUCCAUCGUCAAUCGUACUAAACAGGACCGGUAUAUAUUCCUGUUUGAUAAAGUUGUAAUUGUCUGCAAGAGGAAAGGUUACAGCUACGAGCUCAAAGAGAUUAUCGAACUGCAGUCUUAUAAAAUGUCCGACGAUCCCAUGAACAACAGAGACAUGAAAAAGUCAAGUGGAAAAAUGUGGUCUUAUGGCUUCUACCUGAUCCACCUGCAAGGGAAGCAGGGCUUCCAGUUCUUCUGUAAAACGGAAGAAACAAAAAGGAAAUGGAUGGAACAGUUUGAAAUGGCCAUGUCCAACAUCAAGCCUGAGAGAGCCACGGCCAACCAGCAUAACUUCCAAAUGCACACAUUCGAUAAGAACACCAACUGUCGAGCUUGCAAGAUGCUGCUGAGGGGCAUCUUCUAUCAGGGUUACUUCUGUUCUCGGUGUGGAACAGGAGCACACAAAGAGUGUCUGGAAGUGAUCACCAUCUGCAGGAUCAAUCCUCAUGACUUGGAACCUGGCAUGUCUUCAGGUCCCAAGAUGGUAGCAGUGAGAAACUACCACGGCACACCCACGCCCCCAGGAAAGAUGCCGCUCUCCUUUCAAACAGGAGACUAUAUUGAGCUGCUGAAAGGAGACCCUGACACUUCGUGGUGGGAGGGAAGGUUAAUACAAACACAAAAAAGUGGCUUCUUCCCCAGUUCCUGCGUUAAACCUUACCUAGACCCAAAGCCUUUCCAGUCAUUAUCCAGCCGGCAGUCAUCGAGGGAUGCAGACUACUACGGAUAUCCUUGGUUUGCAGGGAACAUGGAGCGCCAGCAGGCUGACAACCUCUUAAAAUCCCACAGUAGCGGGACCUACCUCAUCAGAGAGAGGACGGCUGAAGCGGAGAGGUUCGCCAUCAGCAUCAAAUUCAAUGACGAAGUCAAACACAUCAAAGUGGUGGAGAAAGACAGCUGGAUCCACAUCACCGAGGCCAAGAAGUUUGAGAGCCUUUUGGAGCUGGUGGAAUAUUAUCAGUCCCAUUCGCUCAAAGAAAGCUUCAAGCUGCUCGAUACCACAUUGCGAUACCCCUACAAAUCGAGGGAACGCUCGCUAACGAGGGCCAGCCCACGCUCGCCGGCAGCCACCUGCGCCUCCUACAACUUCUCCUUCCUCAGUCCACAGGGCCUCAACUUCUCUUCCUCGCCAAGCUCGGCUCCCUUUUGGUCAGUGUUUACUCCUCGCGUGGUCAGCACAGCGGUGGCCAGGUAUAACUUCGCAGCCCGGGACAUGAGAGAACUGUCACUACGGGAAGGAGACGUCGUCAAAAUCUACAGCAAGAUCGGCGGAGACCAGGGCUGGUGGAAGGGCGAGGCGAACGGACGAAUUGGAUGGUUUCCCUCGACCUACGUGGACGAAGAAGGAGUCCAGUAAAGAUGUCAAAACAAAACAAAAAGUCAGGAACCAUCAGUCUGCUGAUUCUCGGAGAAAAACUCCGCACUCUGCAGGAAACAUUUUUUUUGUUGAUGCCGGAUCGCGAGCGCCUUUCCCAUUCCUUUUGCUUGUGUUCGACUUUUUUCAAGCACUCCCCCGUUUCGUUCGUGUACAGCCGAGAGGGGAAAACGUGGCUUGCUGUUUGAUCUGCAAAGGCUUAGACAAAAAGAAAAACAGCUUUACGUGGAGGAAAAGGAAAGGAAAAAAAAAAUGUCCUUGCGGACCUCUGCGAGGUGGAAUAAAUGUACAGUAUAGAUAAUUUAUUGAAUAGAUAUUAUUACCAUGACUGUUGUUAUUGUGCGGAUUUUAGCAACGAAAAAAAAAAGAAUCUGCAGAGAAACGAAAAUAAGGGAAAAAAAAAAUAAAUAAAGACGGCUGCUCUUUUUUUUUUUUUUUUCACCAGGUUGACAGAUUUUUUUGCCUUAGUUGUCAUGGCGAUGCCUUGUGGGCUGACUCCGGUGGAGGGAAUAGACUUUUGUGGCCCUGGCUCGGCUCCUCACGUAUGCAUGUGUCCGGGUGCGGCCCACACAAACACAAACAAACACACACAAAUUGUACAGUUCGGUGCCUUCUGAGAGAACGCUGAGUGGAACCUCCGCAAGCAGCCGGUUUAAAGAACGUUGAUGGACGUUCCUCAAAACAAAACGGAGCAUUCGUGCACAUGCAACAAAGCGUCGGCGGACUUGAAUGCAACACGGUGAAGUUGACAACAAGCAGCCAUGUCGUGCCAAAGGAAACAAAACUUCACACUUUUUGGCCUGCAUGAACUUUCAUUUCUUCGUAUUUUGCCUUAUUUGAUUAGGGUCUUUUCUGAGGGUUUUUUUUUUUCUCCACCUCUUUGGUGAUGUGACCACUUCACUGCCAUUAGGAGAAGUGUGUGCACACACACUCGCACGACAGUUGAGGGGGUGUGAAGUCAGUGCCAAUUUACCUCCAGUGACUACUGAGCAUACUUCAGGGGUGUCCAUUGUAGCCCUGCAGAUCAUUUUUUAUUGGCCCUUAACCCUGUGAUGCAUGAAAUAUGACAACCUACUAUCUAAUCGAUACUACUAUGAUUACGUCAACAUUUUUUAACAUCACAAAAUCUACUUUCGUUUUUUUUAAAUUCAUAUUGUCAGGUUCAAACACUGACGACAUUUAUUAAACAAGACAAGAAGCAAAGAAUUAAGCAGAGACAGAAUUCAAUUUGGUUCAAUUUGAGGAGAGACGCCUGGACACUGUACCUUUUGCACAGUGUCUCAGCACACUCUGAGCAGCUCAUUUUUAUUGGCCCUUAUCAACCCUGUGAUGCAUGAAAUAUGACGACCUAAUUCAGGACAUAGGCGCCGAUCUGCCGAUCAAUCAAUCUUUAAAAUGAUUUUUGAAUAACCAAUUCUGUUGUUAAUUUAGUGGUGAGUUUGGUCCGUUUUACAUAAUAAAAAACUCAUAAAUCAUAUAGUUUAGGAUUAACAAAGCCUAAUCAAGUCUUCAUUGUGCCCGACAACAAACUAAUGACACAAUCAUCUUGACUUUCAACACACUGCACAACAGUGAAUGAAGGCAUACUUAGUCACACCAAGAGUGGCAGUGUGAACAAUGCCAACACUGUCAUAAACAUGUGCCAUAUAGUGAAACCGCACUAAUCAACAACGACAAACACAUUUUGGAAGAAUAUUUGCAAACAACACAACAUAAACACCACAGGAUGAAUUCCCAGAAUUCCCUGCAGCAUCUACACCUAACAUCCACUGUGAUGAUACCGCGUACAAUAGCGUAUCUAAUCCAUACUACUAUGAUUACGUCAACAUUUUUUAACAUCACAAAAUUAUUUUCUUUCGGUUUUUUAAAAUUCAUAUUGUCAGGUUCAAACACUGACGACAUUUAUUAAACAAGACAAGAAGCAAAGAAUUAAACAGAGACAGAAUUCAAUUUGGCUCAAUUUGAGGAGAGACGCCUGGACACUGUACCCUUGCACAGUGUCUAAGCGAGCUCUGAGCAGCUCAUUUUUAUUGGCCCUUAUCAACCCUGUGAUGCAUGAAAUAUGACGAC